AUGCAACAGAUGUCAGUAUCUUUGAGUGAAAAGUUUGAGGGUAACAUACCUAAACAGUUAUCGGGUACAUACUCAAAUAUUUGGAAUAAAUGUCAAUUUGAAGUUGUAAACAUCAUAAACCAAGUUCUUUCAUUUACUAAAUUAGAACAGAAUUUCGGCAGCACGAAAUGUGUUGAUAAUACUUUUUUUUUACAUACGACAGAAUAUGGUGAAGGGCGUCAAGUUGAAGAAGAGAUAAACAAACAACUGAGCCCAGUGUUUUUAUAUGUACUACUUGCUCUUAUACUCAGCUUAUGCGGUUGUUAG